CAACACAAAUUUGAUUCUCUCGUCGUCGUGGAGUGGGAUUGAAAACUUGCGAUGGUCCAAGUAGAAACGAGGACACCUUCCGGUAUCGCAGUUGGUUUAAAUAAAGGUCAUGUCGUUACCAAAAGAAAACUAUCGACGAAAGGAAGAGGAAGGGUGAAGAAGCGCUCCAGAUUUGUUCGAGAAGUCAUCCGAGAAGUGUGUGGUUUCGCUCCUUACGAGAAACGCAUCGUCGAACUGCUGAGAGUAGGAAAAGACAAACGUGCACUCAAAUACGCGAAAAAGAGAUUAGGUACUCAUUUGAGAGCUAAGAAGAAGAGGGAUGAGAUGGCCACUGUUUUACGUCGUAGUACUGGACGGAAAUAAAGUGAAAGCGAGUUGGUCGAUGACUCUAUAUCAUUUUAUUACUUGAGUUCGCUAGACAUUCUUUGUGUUUCAACUGGAAAAUAGUCACAUGCCAAGGCACAAGGACGUAUAUACCAUUAUCACACUAUGUAUUUGAUACCAUAUGUCUUCUUCAUUCAAGAUUUUCUCUUUGAUGAAAACGUUGCGAUAGGAUUGAAUGUCGGAAUGUUUCAAAGCUUCAUAGCGUCGUCCACUAGUUUUGAUAUCAUCGAUUCUUCGAAAGUUUCCGAUGACUUGCAUAUUCACAAUCACCGAUUUCAUCUUUCGCAAAUGGCUAUGAUUUUAAAACAGAAAUAAAACAGAAGAGGAAAUGAACAAAAUUCCUAGCGGAGGCAUGCAAUUAUGCAUAAGACAUUUGACUUCCAUUUGCAGCAUUGGAAUAAUGCCUUUUCUCUUUCAUUGGAUGCUGAGUAACCAAUCUUCCCCAUACAUUUGCUUUUUUUUCGCUAUGAAAUGUGGAAAUUCAGCAAGUUGGCUUUGUAAUAUUGCAUACAACACAUUUUCUUUCAAAACGGAAAAAACCACACCAUGAGUUUGAGAUGGAAUGCAAUCAAAAGUUCUUCGUAGUUCAUAAACAGUCGUUGUAUGAAUAUACAUUUUUACCGUGUU